AUGCCCGCGUAUAUUGAUCAAUCUUUCGAACAAUUUCAAAAUCAAAUUCAGAUUGAUAAUUUACCACCGAAAAGCAAUGUCAAACAGAUAAUAAAUCUCUUCAAUCGAUUCGGUGUGAUUCUCAGUGCGAAUUUGAGACAUCGAACAUUGAGAAAUUCUUCUGUAAUCCUCUCUCAACCAUUCAUCAUUCUCAUUUUUGACAAACAAGAAAAUAUUGAUGAAAUCAUGUCACAUCGUCCGUAUUUUCUCGAUGAUUAUCAAUUAUUUGUCCAUCGUUGUUUACCAAUAACACGUCGAUAUCCAUACGAAUCUCAAACAACAACAAAUAAAAUCCUUCUUCGCAUUCCUCACGAAAAUCAUCAAGACAUUUUACCUAAAGAUCAUCUCAUUCGUGAUUAUCUCAAGACAAUAUCCAGUCAGAUAACACGUUUCGAUCGAUUCGAUGAGAAAAACGUCUUGAUUGAAUUUGAUGACUACGAUCCAGUCGAUAUUUGUUGUUUAUCUCGACCACAUUGGAUCGACAAUCAGUUGAUCGAAAUUGAAAAAUGUUAUAAUGAACAACUGGCGCGUCGGCGGGCUCAAUACCAACAAAAAGCUCGACCUAUAACCGCGAAACUCUCCUUCAAUGAAAAUCGCGACACACCCUCGAAUCAAUUCAUUUCUCCUACGUUGACAUUGAAUGUCGAUGAACACGCAGCUCAACUUCGAUGGAAAUAUUCGGAUCGAACCAAUCAUUUAGAAACUGAACAUGAACGAAUGAUUGACGUAUUGAAAAUUCAAUGGGAAAACAUGGCGAAAGAACGUAUUCGUCUACAACGUCUAACUCUCGACAGUCUAUUUGAAUACGAACGUUUAAUUGAAGAAAAUCAUCGAUGGAAAAAGUUAUUCAACGAGAACCUUCACGACCAAGCUCGUCUUCGGCAGAUUAAUAUAGAGCAUUCUUUGUAG